GUGGCACGGGGCACUUGCGCCGCCAGCUCUAAGACGUCAAUAGUGCGCGACCGUUUCGGGCUCGAGACGAGACGCAAAAAAGACGGUGGUAGUCAGGGCCAACGGCUAAAAGAGAGAGGAUCUGAUCACUACAGGCGCGAAGCCAAGUAGUACAGCAGCCACGAUGAUUUCUGCACAAACAAAAAUGAUAUCCCACUCUGCGAAACAAAAAAGACAGACAAGGUUGGAAAUGAAGUCCAGAAAAAGAGCAAACCACCAGCGAUCGGAUGUUGCGAUGCGAAAUCGUCCUUGGGUUACGGCCAGCGCCCUUCGCAACGUCUCAGCAGAAAAAUACGAAAACUCGAUGACAGCAACCCGACGAAAGUCAAUCCCAAUACGACACCAUCUUCUGCGUCUAGCUGAUCGGCUCGGCCCAAGAGGCGUCUGGGUUGGUGGCAAAAGCCGGAGUCAGUCGAGUCUAGGCUGGGAAAAAGAAGCACUUGCAGGGGUAAAAAUAGCGAGCCAGUCCUGUUUCGGGUCGGCCGCCACGCUGGACGCAACCACACAAUGGUCGACAGGCACCCCAAAUAUUGGCGCUACAGCGCAUCUAGUGAGCGCAGUAGGGGGCGCCGUAGCGCAGCGCACCAGAAGGUCACUGAGCAGAUCGUCGGUCCAACUCCGCCCCUUCUAGAGAGGCCCUUCCAUGUCCACCACGUGGGGCUAUUGGACGGUCCCUUUUGACAUUGUGAAGGAUCUGGAGAGGACUGAAGGCCAGUUUGCCUGACUCGGCG